UCAAAAACUGCAAAUGAAAGCUAUCUUUUCCGCCAGGGCUCGCACAUGAGGCAAAGGAAGGACCUGUACUUUGGUGAUGGACAAAGGAAAAAGGACUGGCAUGAUAAAGAAGCUAUAAGGAGGGACUUGGAGCGCACAGGAAAUGGAGAGCAAGGUAAACCAUACCCAAUGAUGGACGCAGAGCGAGUAGACCAAGCGUACAGGGAAAAUGGCUUCAAUAUCUUUGUCAGCGAUAGAAUUUCCCUUAAUCGCUCUCUUCCAGACAUCAGACACCCCAACUGCAAGAACAAGCUGUAUCUGGAGAAGCUCCCAAACACUAGCGUGAUAAUCCCGUUCCACAAUGAAGGAUGGUCAUCUCUUCUCCGGACAGUGCAUAGUGUCCUAAAUCGCUCCCCGCCUGAGCUGAUUGCGGAGAUUGUGCUGGUGGAUGAUUUUAGUGACAGAGAACAUCUCAAGAAGCGCCUGGAGGAUUAUAUGGCCCAGUUUCCAAGCGUGAGGAUCCUCCGAACCAAGAAGAGAGAAGGAUUAAUAAGAACGCGAAUGCUGGGUGCCUCUGUGGCAAUCGGAGACGUUAUCACCUUCUUGGACUCUCACUGCGAGGCCAACGUCAACUGGCUACCACCUCUGCUAGACCGCAUCGCCCGGAACCGCAAGACGAUCGUGUGCCCGAUGAUCGACGUGAUUGACCACGACCACUUUGGCUACGAGACCCAAGCGGGCGAUGCGAUGCGGGGGGCAUUUGACUGGGAGAUGUAUUACAAGCGGAUCCCUAUUCCACCCGAGUUACAGAAACCCGAUCCCAGUGACCCUUUCGAGUCUCCUGUAAUGGCCGGAGGACUGUUUGCAGUCGAUAGAAAGUGGUUCUGGGAGCUGGGAGGGUAUGAUGCAGGUCUGGAGAUAUGGGGAGGAGAACAGUAUGAAAUAUCCUUUAAGGUGUGGAUGUGCGGCGGCCGCAUGGAGGACAUCCCUUGCUCCCGAGUGGGCCAUAUCUACAGGAAAUAUGUGCCAUACAAGGUCCCGACCGGAGUCAGCCUGGCACGGAACCUGAAACGUGUGGCCGAGGUGUGGAUGGACGAGUACGCCGAGUACAUCUACCAGCGGAGGCCGGAGUACCGGCACCUCUCCGCCGGGGACGUGGCUGCCCAGAAGGAGCUGCGCGGCAACCUCAACUGCAAGAGCUUCAAGUGGUUCAUGAACGAGGUGGCCUGGGACCUGCCCAAGUUUUACCCGCCGGUGGAGCCCCCAGCUGCAGCGUGGGGAGAGAUCCGGAAUCUGGGCACCGGCCUGUGCGUAGACACGAAACACGGCGCGUUGGGAGCCCCGCUGCGGCUGGAAACCUGUGUGAAAGGCAGAGGGGAGGCAGCUUGGAACAACGUGCAGGUGUUCACGUUCAGCUGGCGAGAGGACAUCCGUCCCGGAGACCCGCAGCACACCAAGAAGUUCUGCUUCGAUGCCAUUUCCCACAGCAGUCCCGUGACCCUCUACGACUGCCACGGGAUGAAGGGGAACCAGCUCUGGCGAUACAGAAAAGACAAGACCCUCUACCACCCAGUGAGCAGCAGCUGCAUGGACUGCAGCGAGAGCGACCGUAAGAUCUUCAUGAACACCUGCAACCCCUCCUCUCCCACCCAGCAGUGGCUCUUUGAACACAUGAACUCAACAGUCCUGGAAAAAUUUAACCGGAACCUCGACCUUUAAAGACUGCAGAUCUCUCUCGUGCUCUUGCUCUACGUUUUUACUGGGGAGGGUGACAGAAAAAUUUUUUAAAGAGUAAUUUUUUUUAAAAACAAUAGGUAAUUAAGGUAAAAGGGAGAAUCUCAGGAGGGGGCAUGGCGGGCAGGCCAGGCUUUAUUUUGAAGAUGCUGCAUCCUCUUGCGGGGACGGUGAGAUUGCAGGCGGCUUGGCCAGAGUCGUUUCUGGGGCCGAGGUGGGAGCCGGAGCUCUGGAUUUAGAGGGCUCUGCAGGAUACGCUCUGAGUGCGGAUGGGGUCCUUCCUUCCCCAGCUGGGGUGGCCACGAGCGAUCGCUGUGCCCUGCACGCAGUUCAGUGCUGCCCUCCCCUUCUGCCACCACAGUUCCAGAUAGGCACUUUACCUCUAGGCAUCCCUUGCACUCGAGCAUACAGCCCAGGGCCCGUGUAAUGGAGACCUUGGCACACAGACACGGGCUUCCAGUGCAGCAGAACAGAGAACAACCUGGCACGGAGCAUGUCUUCUGUGCCCCCCAGUUUAAAAUACACCCAGGACAGCUCGGACCUCCUCAGCAUCUUCCAGAGGAAGACAUGAGUACAAGGGAUGUAUUGCAUGGGGCGGCAGGGCCAGGUGUUGAAACACAUUUCUGUAAAUGGUGGGCAGCAGUGGGAAACAUCCGUGCAUCUUACUGUCUGCCUCCCAUUACUGGGUCUUGCCGUGCCAAGGAGCAGGAAAGGGUUUUCUUGUCAAUGUUGCAGGCUGCAGCUCGGGUAGUCGUGGCACCUUGUACUUCUAAAGGACGAAAAGCACCGAGUACAAGCCCCCGGGCAGCAGGAGGCAGCCUGAGAGCACCCCAGGGCUUUGUGCAGGAAAAGCCCGCUCCAGGGAGCAGCCCCAUUUUCUUCUCAAGUCUUAAGACCAAAUUCAUACGGAGUACAGACAGCUGCACUUUGCUGAAUCCAGCUCCAGGGCUGUACGUGGGCCUUGGUCUUCCAUGACCCUAUCGUUCAUCUGUCCGCAGUUUGUGGCUGUUCCCAUGGUAAAUACUGGAGCUUACACCACUGUUAGGGAGCCCCCAGGAGGACACGGCUUUAGAGCAGCGGUUCUCACCUGGGAUGCCACGAGACCCUUUUCAAGAUGCCACGCAAUACUAGCACUAUUCGGUGCAUAAACACCUACAUGUGAUUGCCAAGAUAAACCCAGAGAUUUCAAGCAAUGGUGCUGCUGAAUGCCAAAGUGUUAUGGAGGGUGCCUGGGAUCUGACAAGCUUGAGAGCCACUGCUUUAGAGCAUUAGUCUUCGUGCCCGUGUCACACUGCCACGUACCCUUCAUGUGAUGGGCAGCCUCUUUGCUUCAAGCAGGAUUCAGAACUGGGAUGGAAGGAAGGAAAGUGCAGGCUAAGGACACGGUGGGCUCUGCCUCUUGGAUGUCUGCAGCAGGUUAAUAUGCUGUCUGGAGUAUGCUGGGUGCUGGGCAAUAGGGAUUUGGGACUAGCUCGUCUUGAUUUAUUGGUAACGAAAAUAGCCAGAGGGUUUUGCUGGGAUUUGCUGGUGAGCUGGGCCUCUGGCCACACUGUCAGGUGGGGCAUCCGCUCUUCAACUCAUGUCCUAGGAAACCUUCGUGGUAGAUGCUUGCAGCAGAGAGCGAGCAGUGACCAGCUCUAGGUGAUGGCAGGACUCAUAAGUCACCGCGCAGUUAACUCUUGCCAAGAUGCUGCCCACACGCAUUUGCCAUGCCAUUGCCCAGCUCUCAGUUUGACCUGCUGUCUCCACAGGCAUGAUAGGAAAGGGAGGCAUGGGCAUCAGGAAGGGCUGAACCACUGGCUUGGGAAGAGCAGCCAUGAGGUUGCAGGAAGACCUGAUAAGUCUGCACCUUCUGCAGCAACAAAAAAGCUCCACGAUCCAGGCUUCUUCCUCACCACGCUGCACGAGGGAGCUCCCUGGCAGCUCCCCUCUCUCCUACAAGGCAGGACUUCAGCCGUUCAUGCUGCAACACUUUGGGAGGGCCUCGGAUGCCUCUUGGCAUGCCUACAUACUUCAGUGCAGGCUACUUAUGUGCAUGGGAGUGGGUGGAGGUUUCAUUUUAGGAUGCUGCCACUUGCUGUGUUGUGCCCCAUUGGGAGGGUGGAGAGGAGAGCAUGGCACACACGAGUGCCCUUUCUUGAGCGGUGUUUCUGGUCCCCCGAGAGCAGCAGCCAGCUCCAGCAGUGGAGGCUGUAGGGCCCAGACCCACGUUGCACCGGGUCACCAUUAGCUGAUUAAGGGACCCUUUUGCUUUGAGAGUGUCUGUAGGGGGGAGCCCUUCCUCUUUCCUGGGGGAGAGCACUGGUUUCCAGAGCUUUGAAUGUCUGUCGGGUGCUUCCUCAAAGUUAUUAAUGCUUUCGUUAGCCUGGCGGUACUGACUGCCGAGCGCUAAAUGGCCUGACGAGAUGUCUUUAUGAAUGUUUUAGUACCCAUGGAACAAGAAGCCGUUUGUAUGAGAAUGGCACCAGUUUAUUAUAAUAGGGACACCAAGUCAGUAAAUGAUCUAUAAAUCUAUGGCAGGUCAUUCCCCUGCAGCUAGUAACAUUAGCGCCUGCAUUUUAGUUCCUCACCUAAUGAAAGGAUCUGCUUCUGUUUGAGUUAUGUGACUGGCUUUGUACUUGGGCUCACCUUGUGAGCAAAGUUUGGAGCUCUCCAUUGCUCAGCUUUUGGCCGAUGCUGGCUGCAGAGAGGAGGUAGCGAUAGGAAAGGCAGCCUUUUGCCUACCAGUCAGCAAUCUGAAUUGGGCUCAGAGAAACUGGCUGGCAGCCUGCGCCCGAUGAGUAGGUGGGCUUAACGCAGUCCCUGCUUGAUGCACACGUGCCCGCUGACACCGGCACCGUGGCUAUCAGACUCGGCACAGAAGCUGAGAAGCUGUCCUCUCCAAAACUAACCCAUCCAGGUGUGUUGCUGACCCAUUUGACAAAGCACUGGGUUUUGGGUGGAGCAUCCUGUGAAUUCCCAGCGUCUCUGCCUGCUCGUUUGGUGGUAUCCUCAAUCUGUUAAUUUAUUGGCAUUAAUUAUACGUGUCGGUACCCCACAGGCUUUGAAGACUAAUGGGUAGUAUUACCAUUGCCAGCCCCCCUGCUGACUGAGAAAUAGAAAUUGUAUUUCACCAUCCACAUCUUUAAUUGAGUUUCUGCUGGGCAGGCCAGUUAAUUAUUCCAAUUACUUUUAGUUAUUUAUAAGUAAAAUUGCUCAGGCAUGAAUCCAUAGGCAUCCUCAUGUUUGCAUGUGAGUCAGGUUUGGGGCUUUCACGCCAUUGAGCCCUUAAUGGGAAGCACAUGCUCUUUGUUUUUACCCCCAAAAUGGUUAUUUACAGCGUUACCCUUGGCUGCAUAAGUCACGCUGCUUGAAGCACCGCUGGGCAUCAUGCCCACGAGGUGCUCUGGGAUCUGCAUGGACAUAGGUGUGCACCGAGCGCUCUUCCAGCUCGUGCUUGUUUCAUAGCGGUGCUAACGCCCGACCCUGCGAGCAGACAAAAUGGGGUUGGUGUCCUGUGCGCUUUAGAAAGGAGUGUUUUGGGGGGGGUUUUUUUUUUCUUUUUUCUCCCCUUCCCCAAGAGGAAUGAUGGGCUGGGCUUCAUGGAAGAGGAAUACAGCAUCCUUAAAAUAAAGACGUGCCUUUUUAAAUGCAAAUGGACAGCAAAUGCUUAAACUUGAACCAAUUCCUAGUGCCUUGCUGGACAAGA